UUUCAGCACCAAUGGCAUUGUUCUCGCCGGUUAUUCGCCCGGAUUUCAACCUCUAUGAAAGAAAGAGACCGCAGCCACGUCAACGGACCAGAACUAAUACAGUACAGCUUGCACCGAAAGUUGCUCCAGGCAAAGAAAGCACAUCUCUUGAUUCUCUCCUUGACAAACACCAAAAAAUGUUGAUGUUACGCAGUCGCCGGCAAGAGUCCAGAUGCAAGCGCCGCAGUUACACGUACUUGGCCUCACGAUGCCCCGCAAUCACUGAAAUUGAUGAGGACGAGAACGAAGAUGACACGAAUCUUGGAAUGGCGCAGGAAUUUACAACCAGCACUAAUCAAGCGGCCGUCAUCGCCUCAAUACCGGCAAUUCAAGAGGUUUCGGACGACGAAUACCAAACACGCUCUAUUGAAGUGUCAGAUUCAACAUCAUCCUCUUCUUCUAGAUCGAAGAAGAAAAGUGUACUUUCCUUCAUUAAUGAAUGGGUCAGAAGUCGUUCUUUCCGGAAGCAGAAGAAUGCGGCAGAGAAGGGAAAUGGACAUUUUUAAGCUCAUUUUUCAAUUCACCAAGUAUAUAUAUAUACAUACACUAACCCCCCCUAAAACCAACCGUUUUCUAAACGGGUACCUGCUGAGCUAAGAAUUGUAUUGUAUAAAUCGUGAGCUUAUUUCAUUUUGUUUGUUAUUGACUGACUUGUACAAUUCCGGAAAAUAUUUUGAAUGAAUUAUUUUCAUGCAU